AUGAACAGCUCAUCCAUGUCAGAAAAUGACGAAACACACAAUCCACUUCACAUUGAACUUCGAGAUUGGGAAUUAGGACCCAACAAUACCAUUUUCGACAAUCUCAAAGCAGCCCCUUCGGACAAGGAUUUGUUAUGGCAAUGGGGUUUACUAGUGGGAUUGUCUGUCUUUGCUUUGGUGGCCAUUUUAAUAGUCUUUCUGGCCAUUCUACAAGAUCGAAAAUGUCGCAAAAACUCCUUUAAUGUCUACAUACUAUUCUUAAUGGUCCCCGAUAUUUUGUUUACUGGUUUGGGCAUUAUGACGACCAGUCUCAACAUUGCCAACGGAUCCUUUUAUAGUUGGGGACAUUGUCAUUUGCAGUCCUAUUACAGUGUCUUUACCGUCAGCGCGUCCUCCUGGCUCAAUGCGAUACUGGCCUGGCAGCUCCAUGCCAUGCUCAAGGCGAGCAAUCAACAUCGACGCUUCAAGGCACCGACGCGACAACGGGCUGUGAAACAUGGGUUGCUAGUAUUUUUAUGGAGUGCCUUUGUGGCCACAUGGACGCUGUGGCAAGUGGAUUGGUGGCCCAUUCGGACCGAACUGUAUUCGGGUGCCUUUUGUUUGCCCAUGGCGUAUGACAAUACAAGUUUGGCUUUUUUGUUUUUGGUCUUUGGGCCCUGCUGCUUUGUCGUUCCCUUUUUAUACAUUUGUCAUGUGGUCAUUGAUAUUCUGUGGAAACAAUUGCUCCCACCCAAGGAAAAACGAAAGCGGUUGCUCAUCUUUUUUGGAUUGAUCAUUACCUAUUUCUUCAUUUGGGUCCCAACCAUUGUCUUGACGUACAUUCUAGGAUAUUGGAUGACGUCUUGGUAUACCUACUUUGGUGCUGUGUGGGGCGUAAGUCAAGGAUUCAUUUCGGCGGCCGUUUGUCUGUUAAAGGCGGACAUUCAGCAAGCCUGUCGCAAGUUUGUUGGAUGUCAACACCAUGGUGCUGACGACAUGCGCAUGUCUGGGGCAAGUGGUGGUGGUCAGAAUCAUCAUCGUCAUCAUCAGAAUCAUCAUCGUCAUUAUCGUCAUGCGAGUGAAGCCUACAUUCACACAUCCAAUUUUGGAUUGGAUGGAAAUUCCAUGCAUUCCGUGGCACCCAGUGUCAUUGAUUUGUCCUCCCAUCGCGAGGUGAGCUCCUCGCAGCAUAAUGGAAGGUAUCACAGCCAUCCUACGACUAGUACCGGUAGUAUCGGGUCGACAACCUUGAGCGAAAGUUUUCAAACAGUGGGCAGUCUCAAUAGCAAGCCACCCUUUCCUGGUCGUUGUUCGGAUGAUACCAUUCUAGAAGUGGACGAAGAAAAACUCAUGGACGAAGUGGGCGAUAAUUGUUAUGACAAUACUGAUGAGAAUGGCAGCAUCGACUCGUCAUCGUCCUUUGCCAAUGAAUCAUUGGAAGAUGAGCAUGAUGAGCAUGAUAAGAGCAGUGGACACCACAAUUUGAGUAGCAGUUUUCGCAGUGUUGGGAUGGAUGGCAAGGUCACACCCUUUGCACAUGCUGCAACACAUCAGGAGGAUGAGGAGGAGGAUGAGGAUGUAAUUCUAGAAGUGGACGAAGACAAUCUAUUGUUGGAGGAUGAUAAGGAAGAGGAGGAUACUACUGGCAAUCCGACGACCAAUACUGGACAUGCUGUGGUAGACACAGUUGCGAUCAUGAUGGAAGAAGGAAAUCGCACGGCCACCACAGACAAGACAGUGGUGGACGAAGACAACAAUGUCGUGCAAACGUGA